UAAACAAAACACCCGCGCUUUGGCCAGCUGCGCUGUUGGAAGCGCAAGGUACAUCGGUAGGUGUGGUUUAGUAGAAAUUGGAGCUGUAAAAUGUAAGAGCGUUUAGAGUUUUCAUUUUCAUAGUAUAUUUCAUAGUAAUUGCAUCCACGUGGGUGCACAGGUAUUCAUGCAGCAACCUGUGUUCUUGGGUGGUCCGUGAAAAGACGGGAAAUUACAAAGCCUCCUAACCUUAGCUUCUUGCUAUGGGCUUCCUGGUUGUAAAAUUUCAUUGGUAUUUUUUUCAGGACAAAGGGAUGUUUCUACAAUUUGUCUGAAAAUGUUAAAAACAUCUUGACUGAUCAGCGAAAACAUGGAGCUAUAAAAUCCCUGGUCAUUUUAAAAAUGGGUUCCUUCCCUCCAAUUAAGCAAGAACUAUUUAUUAUAAGCUAUUCUGUUAUUUAUUUAUUUAUUUAUUUAUUUAUUUAUUUAUUUAUUUAUUUAAUGUAUUCACUUGAAUGUCAUUCAGAAGUAGCUUCUUGCUGUUUAUAAUUUUCUUGAGUUCAACACACACAGAAUUUUUUUCUCUUAGCAUGCAAAGCCAAAACUACAUAGAAUCUCAUGAUGCUAAAAUAAAUAAAUUAAAUUAAUGCAUGGUCUAAAAGCUGUAGGACCCUAGGUUAACCUUGUUUAUGAUCUCAGGAUGAAAAUUUAUAUUCAUCUACAUGUAAAAGUUGACAAUUAGCUUAAAUCUUUAGAACAGUGAUGCUCAACCUGAGGGUCGAAACCCCUUUGGCAAACUCUACCUCCAAAACUAUUUACAUUACAAUUCAUAAGAGUAGCAAAAUUACAAUUGUGGAAUAGCAACAAAAAUAAUUUUAUGGUUGAUGGUCGCCAGAGCAUGAGGAUCUAUAUUCAAGGGUUGCAGCAUUAGGAAGGUUGAGAACCACUGUUUUAAAAUGUGUUUAAUACUAUAUGUUUCUCUAAGCAGAGUACUAUUCGAGGAAAACCAUCCUUUCCCCUGUGUCUGCCAAUCCUCAAUGAUUUCCUAGAAAUUCUAUGUCUCUAGGAUUUCCACUUUAAGCUAAAAUGUUCUGUGGUUCCCAUAGAACAUUUUGCAAGUUAAGCCUGUGUCGUUUUCUUGGUAAUGUGGUACAACGUGACUGUAAAAUUCUGUCCCUGACACCCUUUCUGAGCAACUCAUUCUGCUGUACUGCUUGACCAUCGAGGCCAAAUUCAGUGCAGAAAUACUGGUUUCUGCGCUGCUCUUGGUUUCUGAAAUGACCAUGGUUGAUGAAGAAGGAUUCAAGACUGUGAACAAUGGAACAGUCAGAUGGAUGAAAUCAAAGCCAAGGACAGGAUCAUCUUUUCCCUGGAAAAAGAACUGGAGACUCAGACGGGCUAUGUGCAGAAACUCCAGCUUCAGAAGGAGGCUCUGGAUGAGCAGCUCUUCCUUGUCAAGGAGGCAGAGUGUAACAUGAGCAGUCCGAAGAGAGAGAUUCCAGGAAGGGCAGGAGACGGCUCUGAGCACUGCAGCAGCCCCGACCUGCGAAGAAAUCAAAAGAGAAUAGCUGAGUUGAACGCCACUAUACGAAAGUUAGAAGACAGGAACACCUUGCUUGGAGAUGAGCGGAAUGAGUUGUUAAAACGCGUGCGGGAAACCGAAAAACAAUGCAAACCUCUCCUGGAAAGGAACAAGUGCCUAGCCAAGAGAAACGAUGAACUGAUGGUGUCUUUGCAGCGCAUGGAAGAGAAACUAAAAGCCGUAACCAAGGAAAAUUCAGAAAUGAGAGAAAAAAUAACAUCUCACCCACCUUUGAAGAAACUGAAGUCUCUGAACGACCUUGACCAAGCUAAUGAAGAACAAGAGACAGAGUUUCUAAAACUGCAGGUCAUUGAGCAGCAAAACAUCAUUGAUGAGCUCACAAGGGAUCGAGAAAAACUCAUCCGUAGAAGAAAGCACAGGAGAAGCUCGAAACCAAUCAAGAGGCCUGUUUUAGAUCCGUUCAUUGGCUAUGACGAGGACUCCAUGGAUUCAGAAACAUCAUCCAUGACCUCCUUUAGAACAGACCGGACACCUGCUACCCCCGAUGAUGACCUGGAUGAAAGUCUAGCUGCUGAAGAAUCUGAGCUACGAUUUAGACAACUAACAAAAGAAUACCAAGCCCUCCAAAGAGCAUAUGCCCUCUUGCAGGAACAGACUGGCGGCAUCAUCGAUGCUGAAAGAGAAGCCAAGGCACAAGAGCAGCUCCAGGCAGAGGUGCUGAGGUACAGGGCCAAAAUCGAAGAUCUAGAGGCAACGCUGGCUCAGAAAGGGCAGGAUUCACACUGGGUAGAAGAUAAACAACUUUUCAUUAAGAGAAACCAGGAGCUUUUAGAAAAGAUAGAGAAGCAGGAAGCAGAGAAUCACCGGCUACAGCAGGAACUUCAGGAUGCCAGGGACCAGAAUGAGCUGCUGGAGUUUCGCAACCUAGAACUGGAAGAGAGAGAGAGGCGAUCCCCUCCAUUUAAUCUACAAAUUCACCCCUUCUCAGAUGGUGUGAGUGCGCUGCAGAUCUACUGCAUGAAAGAAGGUGUCAAGGAUGUCAACAUCCCUGACCUCAUAAAGCAGCUUGAUAUCCUAGGUGACAACGGGAACCUAAGGAAUGAAGAACAGGUGGCCAUUAUUCAGGCCAGCACUGUGCUGUCCCUGGCAGAAAAGUGGAUCCAACAAAUUGAAGGAGCGGAGGCUGCCCUGCACCAGAAAAUGAUGGAACUGGAAAGUGACAUGGAACAGUUCUGCAAAAUCAAAGGCUACCUGGAGGAAGAACUAGACUACAGAAAACAGGCUCUUGACCAGGCAUAUAUGAGAAUCCAGGAACUAGAAGCUACUUUGUACAAUGCUCUGCAGCAAGAAACUGUGAUCAAAUUCGGCGAACUGUUAAGUGACAAGCAGCAGGAGGAGCUGAGGACGGCUGUGGAAAAGUUACGGCGGCAAAUGCUGAGGAAGAGCCGGGAGUACGACUGUCAGAUCCUCCAGGAGAGGAUGGAGCUCCUGCAGCAAGCGCACCAGAGAAUCCGUGACCUAGAAGAUAAAACAGACAUCCAAAAGCGACAGAUAAAGGACCUAGAAGAAAAGAAAAAUCAAGAACUCGGAUCAUACCCUCAGAAGGCAAAUGCUUUUAAACCUUCAAAGAUGGCAAAAUUGUUUACACCGAUGUAAGGGAAAUCAAAAGCUAAGAGUUACCCUGUAGCCAAGACUAUGUGCUUUAAAGCCAUUAUUCAAGGUUUCUUACUUGACAGUUUAUAAUGACCCUGUUGAAAAUUCUACAUUAUAUGCUGCAUUUAAUGAAACAUGUGUAUGUCAAACCAGAAGAAGAGAACUAUAAACAUAUAUUGUGUGAAGAAGAAUUUCAGCCGUGGAACCAGUUUCAGCAGAUCAAGAGAAGAUGUGUCUUGGGCAUGGAACCAAAGUUACAAUGAAACAUUCAACUCCUGCUGUGCAGGGGGGUGUCAUUUUAAUGUAACACCACACCCCAUGGAAACACUAUUCCUGAAAAUAAACGUCAUUUUAAAAAAACAAAACAAACAAAAGUGAAAAAAAAAAAAAAAAAAAAACAACCCAAGGGUGGGCGGGUAAUGAAGCACGAGGAAUAAUACCUAUGAGGAACUAUUUACAAUAAAAUGUUUCCUUUGAAAAGUCUGGUUUCUUACUACAGGGAUUUCCUUUACUAUCUUUAUGAUUGUUUUAAACUCAGGAACAGAGACAUCUGUGAUGAGGAGGGAAGAAAAAUGCUCUCCAUUUUGUUUCUCCAAAAUGUGGAGUUGGGGAUGAGAAGUGGAACCCCGUUACCCUACAAGCAACCGAGCCAAGGGACUCUGGGGAGUGUAACAUGGAGUGGAAUUGGAAAUCUCUGCUUCCUUGCCUCGUAUCACACACCUGCAUUUCUCUACCAUGGAUGGACUGGUCUCAUCCGUAUUGAAAGUGGUGAUUACACUUUCAACUUCUGAUUACACUCAGAAGUCACAAACUCCCCGACUUAGCUCUGUCAAGAUCUAUAGGGAACUAGGCCCAGAGAGCAAUUCUGCAUCCUCCAGUUUCAAGUUGAAAUUGCCUGCCUGACGAAUAUGCUAUCCAACUUGUGUGAAAACCUCACAGAAGUGAUGAUGACCCGACGACAGACCGUGGGGUUUGCCAGAGAGCUGUGGAUAUUGAGUAUCCCGUUAUACCCAGAGCAACCUGAACUCUUGUCACUUAGAACAAUAGGGUUAUUUUCUGAGUUAGCUGUCUCCAAUAAGAUGGCUCUACUUUUUAUAGACAAUACUGACAAGGUGGUAAUCUACCACAGGCAGAUAGACAACUGAUCCUUUUCCUAAGUCACAUAUUACUAAGUCUUGGAUUCAACAAUGACAGUAAAUAUAUCCUCCUGGAAAGCUGAUUUUACACCUCCUUAACUGUAGAGAUAACAAGGCAACCUCAAUUUUUUCAAAUAUUCAAUGUUUUCUUUCCAGGGUUAGAAUUCCCAUGCAUAGAGAACAUGUGUAGGGAGCCAGAAACCCUUUCUAUGAAAUGCUACACAAAUAGUUCCAUAUGUGAAUUGAGUAUAUUCUUCUUCAGUUUUAACACUGGCAUGUUCAAAGCCAGAGCAACUGAAGAGUCUUCAAGACAAAACAGAAUCCUGGGGUCCCACAUUUUUGUCCUUGUAUUUAAUGAUGACCCAACUGUUUGGCCCAGUCACUGAACCUCUCUGUGCCUCAGUUUCCUCAUCUGCAAAAUGGGGGUUAAAUGUUUUGAUUUUUUUUUCAUAAGAUUUGUUUGCAAUUCUGGAACAAGAGGUGCUUAAGGUAGCACAAAGUGCUUUGUAACUGUUAUAAACGCUGUAUUAUUUGACUUCUCUGUAUAAUGAAACAGUUCCUGAGUUUGAUUCAAACAACAUAGCAACACUGAAGCUUCCCCAUCAAGCUACCUAGGAUGUUAUUAGCAAUAAAUUAUGAGAUUCAAAAACCACAAUGUUAAAUCAUCUAUAGUAAAUAGAUUGACUCAUACUAUUGAGAAAGAUGGAGAGUAUGUCUUUUCAAUGCUAAGCACCUCCUUUGCUCUCUUGAUUGCAUAACAUGCCACUAAUCAAAAUCCUGCCAUCAUCACAGGAGAGUCAACCAUGCAACCAUGGAUUGGCAAGAACAGAAAGCAACAAAGAAAGCCAAUUAUUUUUUCUUAAGGAAUGUCAGAUGAUGUGUCCUAAUGAAAAGAUUUAAAAAGUCAGAACUAACUAUCCUAAUGGAGACUAUGUGCAACGAAGGUAAGUCCCAUAUCCCAGUGAUUAGCAGGUUCAUUGUGCAGUUGAUGUGAAACAGGGUAAUUCUACUACGCUGGCCACCCAGCUAACUCAGUCCUGGAUGAAAAUACACAAAUGGCUUGUUAACCUCUUUAAUUAUACUUCAUCUACUAUUAUGGGGCCCACUUGAGAAAAUGCAUACUUCAUCUGCUCCAUACACCCCUUCCUUCUCUCCUUUUGCUUUCCCUAUCAAAAACCUGGUGGGUAAAUUUUCAUAUCAGAGAAAUACGUCUAAAUUAUUAUGAAUGCUAGCAAUAUACCAUGUGUUUCCCUGCUGUUAGUCGAAUUGCAUAAAACCCAUACCAAACUUUCUAAGAACUGCAAUUGCCUGAAUGAUGAUCUCUGAAACUUUGAUUGGGGGAGGGGAGGGCUUUCUUUCUGUUUAAUAUCCAGAAUAUCAAGGAAAUUGCUCUAGAUCAUAAACUCAAUGAUAACAUCUUUAUCUGGUUUUUGCCAUAGUCCUCAGAAUGAAUGCUCUAAUAUUUAGACUAUGGAAGUUUAAAUAUUACUGAUAGAUUUCAUAGCUACAAUGACAGCAGUGUUGGGAAAAUUUGGAGGGGUGUGUUUUCUUUAUCCAAGGAUCCAUGAGAAUGGAUCCUAUGUAAAUGAAUGCUUCCUUGGAUAGGAUGUUCAGAAUAGCCAAAAGAAUGUACCAUUAGUAAUGGAGAGUCCUACUGUGUCACUUUUUCUCAUUUUCAAAAAAAUGAUAAUAACUACUCUGUUCUUUUAAUUUCCAUAUCUGUACUUUCCAGACACACUUAGGUAGAGAUUUGGGAGGGAAUUAUCACAAUAACAGUACAUUUAACUACUUUUCCUUAACCAAGUAUUCACCUCUUUGAAUCUGACUGAAGUAAUUUGAGAGAAGUGAAAGUUCCUAUUUAGUCCUGUCAGGACAGUGAGGUUUCCAUUAAAGAAAUGCACAGACUCUGUAUGAUAACCAUUCUACAGACCAAAGUUAGUAAUGCCACCAUCUUGUUUUCAAUGCCAUCUAACUUUUAUUUCAGUUGAAGAAUUAGACUAGCAUUGUCACAUGCUGCUUGACUUAGGUCAUGUCAGCUAAAUUCCUGCGAAAAGUAAGGUUUUCGCAAUAAAAGGAUACACUUUGUUUUGCUUUUUGUCUUCAAUUCAGCAGUAAGUUCUUACAAAGGUAUAUCAUUCCUCCCAGUUUGUGAGGUAUGGGUCAUCGCUGGGGUCAGAAAGGGUCUUUACUUGCCAUAGGAGAAACAAAAUUUGCCAAAUCAUUUGUGCUUUAGUAUUUUACUUAAAACUGUUUUGUUUUCUUUUGUUUUUUGUUUUCUACUUGAAAUAAAUCUUGCCCAUUUUUUCUUCUGCCUACUUAUUGAUAACUUUUUCUAGAAACUCACUAUAAAAUCUGUAUGUUCGAAACUUAAAUGGAGUUGAUUAGCACCUUCUUUUAUAAUGAUGCUUAUCAUUUUUAACUAGCCUGGGUUUUCAUGGAAACUAUAAAAAAAAAGCAUCUGUUGGUUAUGUAUUGAUAUUUAAAAUACCUGGACCAUCUCUAUGAUGUUACAUCAAAAUAGAUGACCAGUGUACUCAAUAUUAAAACAUAGCUGUGUCCUUUUCAUUUGUCAGAGUGGAAUGAAAUACACAUAUACACACACAUAUAUACUGCUCUCUCUCUCUCUCUCUCUCUCUCUCUCUCUCUCUCUCUCUCUCUCUCUCUCUCUCUGUAUCACACACACACACACACACACACACACACACACACACACACAUAUCAUUGUGUAUACCAGGAUAAGACUUGUAGGAUUCAGUUAUGUUGAUUGGCAGCUACAUCGCAUUUGUGACACUUCCACGGCCUUCUCUCCCUCCACCCUUCCAUCCUGCCUUUAUUUUCUUUUUUAUACUGGUGCUACAGGUUGAAGCCAGGUGCCUGGGCAUUCCAGACAGCACAGGUGCCUGAGAGUUCUAGACAGCACACAGCUGUAUCUCCCCAGACCCUUGCACUGGUAAUUUAAUAGAUUCUAGGGAUUAAAUUUGGUCUACUAUAUGGAAAAUUACAUAAAUAUAACUUUUGAAGUAUCAGUAAUGCAAGUAGGUCUUAAAUGACUGUUUAUGCCAUGAACUAAUGCUUCCAGGAUGGAUGCAAGCCCCCUUUCUGUUUAGAUGGGGAAAUGGACAUAAGACAAAGAUUUCCUUAUUCCCAACUGCUUUAUACUUUUCAUAUAGAAUACACCUAAAAACUAGAUUCUAGACAUAUCUACAGGAGGACUUUCCAUGAUGGAAGAAAGGGGUUGGUCCUCAGGAUGUCACUGCAAAACUGAACAAGGCGGGUUCUUAUUUCAUCGCUGAUUUUUAUCAGUUGAGCUCCUCCUAAAUAAAUCUUUAAUUGCUGGGAGAACCUGAGUCUAGUUCUUAAGUUGAAUUUUAAAAGACGUACAUAAAGGGGCAGUACAGGAAAGUGGAUUGACAUGUACUACAUUCGCUUUAGUGUGACAAACCCAUAAUUGACUCAGUGAAGGUUUGCGGUUUUAUUUUGCUAAUUGUUUUUGUACUGAAAUUUUUGUUAUAUACAGUCCUACAGGGUGGCAGUGGUGCAGACAAACAAUGUCGAGUCCUCUUUGCCUACACGAAAACUUCACAAACUCACUGAAGAGUAAAUGAUCUAACUUCCCAAUCAGAAACAGAUCUAGUACCUGAUAGAAACUGCAGUCACUUAAGUUUGACAGACACCUCACAAAAUGUGCCUAUUUCCCGUCUUAACUAAACCAUCUUUCCUGAGUAAGGCAGAUCAAAAUCCAAACACUUAUAAAUACAAGAUGUACAUAGUCACGCAUAUGUAUUCUGUACAUAGUAUGGUGGUGCAGGCAUUAAUAGCUAUGCACUUCAGACCUUGACAGAAGACUUGGAGAAGAUGCUUUUCUGAUGUUGCUAGGCAACUCGAUUUCGGUUAGCAUAUAGUGUCUACACUCACCCCUCCUUGGAUGUGUCUCUGCUCAGCUGACGCACCUUCCACUAUUACCGCUUUUUUCCCAUUGCCUGUGAAUUUCCCACGACCCUGUCCCCUAAACCAGAAUUUUUUGUUCCCAGCAUAUCAACCAAACACCCACCACAAUUUGCAGUAUUAAUAUCAGUCAAAGGUCCUAUGUUUUUAUCAACUAAAAUUGCAUUUCCAGAAUCUUUUGUGCAUGAUCUAACCUAUAGUAUCUAAUUCUGUGGGGAUUUAAGUUUAGAGGGAAUAGGUUUGAAUCCACAAUUCCUGUGUGUCUACUGAGUUAGUGUAGCCAGGGGGGACUGGUUUCCAAAGCAUUCCCACAAUCGUCUGCAUUAGUUCGGGUCCUUCCUGUCUUAGCAUGACUUGUAGGGUACGUCAGUACUUAUUCAUGAGAGGCAGAACUUGAUUGAUUGCAGCAGAGUGACUGUCCGAAGCUCAUGGGACAUGCACAUGUACUGUAUGUAUCUCCAUAGAGACUGGAAUCCAUUUAUUGUAUGUAAAGUUUUAUGAACGGUUAUUUUAUAAUUUAUGUAUUUAAUAUAGGAAUCAAUGAACUCUGGUGUUUUAGUUUCUAUGAAAAAAAUAAAACAAACUGCAUUUUUGUAAAAAAAUAAAA